AAGAGGAUCAGGAUUGUCUCAACCGUGAUAGAAAGUGGUUGUUCAGUGAAAAUGCAGCUUUUAGUGUUCCUGUGUUUGUGUGUUAUUUGUGUGGCGGGAGUUUUUGGAUCUAAGCAUACUGGAGAUGUGAAGCAAUGUGGUGUUGAAGCGAGCACCAACCUGAUCCACCACAACCCAUGGUUGGUUUAUCUGGAGUACUACAACCACGUUGGGUUGAAGAAGAACAUACGAUGCGCAGCAACGCUUAUAGAUAGCCGCCAUGCUGUUACCGCGGCGCAUUGUGUCAAAAAAACCUUGUUCAGCAGGUUAGUAGCUCGAUUGGGCGAGUAUGACGUGUCGACGGUCGCGGAUUGCGUCGGCGGCGUGUGCGCAGACCCCGUGGUUCGGAUAAACGUCAUUGACGUCAUUGUGCACGAGGGCUACGACGGCAGUAAGGACGAUAUUGCCGUGAUCGUUCUUGAAAGUGACGCCCCUUAUACUGAUUUCAUUCGGCCAAUCUGUCUACCCACCGGUUCCAUACCACAUGACGCCAUAUUUUCCGCUGCAGGGUGGGGGGAGCUGACCUACACCCACAUCUAUAGUAAUAUUAAGAAAAUCAUCCCUUUGCCUCAUUGGUCGGUCGAAUCAUGUAAGAAUGCGUAUAGAAACUCAAUAUUGCCUGCCAAGAUCAUAUGCGCAGGCGGCGAAGAAGGGAUUGACACUUGUAGGGGGGAUUCCGGAGGGCCUUUGACGUUAAAUAAGGGGGCGAUUGAAUUCUGGGGUGUGACGUCAUCAGGCAAUGUGCAUUGUGGUACGCAGGGGUCGCCGGGGAUCUACACUAGUGUUCAAGACCAUCUCGAGUGGUUGGAAAAUGUUGUAAGGGCUUUUUAGUAUGUGGGUUAUGGAAUCCGUUAUAGCCCUGUUCGUAGAAGGCGUGACUUACAUCGUAGUUUCAUGAGUUCGAAUGCCGGCUUGGGCUCUAAACCACUGAAUACGAAUUUAUGAAUUUGAAUUCAUGUUUGGAUUACUAAAAUGGAAUUAAUUGUUAAAACACCAUAGUUCUGUUUUUAGCAACGUGCGGUAAAUUAUUACUUAACAGGUAGACACUUAAUUUAGUUUUACUAAAUGAAAAAAAAUGUGGAAAAAAUAAAAACACGAAAAUUUUUAAGUUUAGGUUCCUAAAGCUUCACUUAAAUAAAUAAGUACUUUUACUAAAUAUUAAUUUAGUAAUAAGAAUUCCUAUGUUAUAAAAAGAUUCCUAAUGUAAAUGAUACUCGUCUACCGUGCU